UAGAAAUAUGCAAGACUCUCUAUCGCAAGGAAAGACUAGUAGUAAAUUAAGUGAAAGCAAGAUAAAAGAUCCGGAAUACGACUCUCCAGAAGAAAAUAGUUCCAAGAUCUCCAAUGUAUUCAAUCAGACAAAGGCUAAAGCAAUUGAGGAUUUAACUGAAAGAAGUUAUGAGAAAGAGUAUAAGAAUGCGCGUAAGAAUGUUCGAACAAACAGGAGAAAUAGAAGAAUUUUUAAAAAUGGCCCAAAUAGAAUUCAGGGAAGAGUGAGAGGAGGCCAAAGAGACAAUAAAAAGUUACAAGAAAAUAGCCUUUCAGAUAUUAGUGACUCAAGCAGUCUAUCAAGUAUUGAAGAUUCAAUGAUAGGCUCUCUCAGUCUUUGCAAUGAUUCAGUUACUGAAAAUAAUAAGAAUAAUACAAUAAUAUAAGCGAGCAGUAUCAAAAAGAGGAUCUAAAUAAGAAAAUCGCAGAUUUGGCAUGAGAAAAGUCCGAUGUUGUGAGCAAAGACAUAUUUCCAGCUCCAAUAAAACGGGUUUCAUUCAAAAAGAAAGAAAAUUUCGAGAAAGGAUUUACUUUAGUUAAAGAAGGGUUGAACGAAGUCAAGAAACAAGUUGUAUCAAUAUUUGAGCAGAAAAAACCUCUCUCACAAACAGAGGAGGUUACAAUAAUACAAAGAUCUUUGAAGUUAUUGCAUGGAUUGAGUAAUGAGAUGAAAUGAAAAGAAAAGCCAGACUCAGGAAUUCUCUCAAAAUCUUCUUGUCAGAAGGAGACUGACAACCAAAUAAUAAAGAUUGAGGAUAUGUACAAUUCAAACCCGAUUCAAAAAUAUAUGAAGAUGAUGGAUUCAGUGAUCAACCUGAGAGAGAUGGACAAGUUUGGUAAACUAGAAGUUUUACUAGAUCAAUUAUACAGUUGCUGCAAAGUUCAGUUUGAAAAUGAAAAAUCAGAAAAAUUUAUCGAGACUGCUUCUAAAAUGGCUCACGAAAAUAAAGAAGUCAAGUUUGAAAUGUAUAACUAUUUGCACCAAAUAUAUGGAAAACUAGAACACAAAAUCGAAGAAUACAAAGACCAGAAUAUAAGCGAGACUCUUAAAGAAUUUAAAUAUAUUAUCCAAAGUCUAUGUGAUAAGUUAAAAGGCUGGAAGAAUAUUAAAGAAAGUACAAUCAACAUGGUCGGAUAUUACGGAAACCUUGAUCAAAUUCAAUUUGUUUCAAGUCAUUAUAAAAAUGACGAUUCUCUAGCAGAUCAAACCUCAGAAAGUGCUGCUAUUGAUUCACCCAAAUUCUCUAAGUAUUCUGAUUUAUACCAACAAAAAUAAACAAGAGAUUAUUAAAAAUUUCCAACAGCUUUUAGAAGAAGUUGGAAUUAGCCUUCAAGAAUACGAAGAAUUAGAAUCUUGUCACAAAAAUGUAGAUAAGAUGGCAAGUAUUCUCGAUGAAAUAGAUUUGAGCGGCUUUGAUGAUACUGAUCCCCUAGGCAAAGUAGAAAGGAGGUUAAAGAAAGCAAAACAAAUAUUUAAUGAAUUCUAUAACCAAAAACUAAAUGAUCUUAUGGUUUUUAAAAAAUAAAAUCGAAAAGAGUAAUAGUAAAACCUUAGAUCAGAUCAUCACAUUUGCAAAAGAACUGGCUGUCAAUGAAGCUCAUAAUGCUUCAAAGACAAUAAUAAACAAUAUGAAAGAAGGGUUAAAGAAUUCUUGCCAAGAUAUAUCAUCGGUUCUAGACAAGAUCAAAGUAAAGGAACACAAAUUUACUUCAAAUUUCAUGAGUUUCACUAUAAAAUCAUUCAGUGAUCUCGAAGAUUAUUUUACAGAGUUAGAGAACAUGACUUACGAAGUAAAAAUAUCAGACAAAGCUAAAAUAAAUAAAGAAAGAGAAAAAUUACUCGUUAAAAUAAGUUCUUGUGACUCUGUAAAGCAGAAUCUCCAAAAGAAAACCACUAAACUGGAAAGAGAUGCCCAGGAGCUUGAAGAAAAAUGACGUGCUCAAGAGGAAAUGAUAUCAGAAUUAAGACACGAACUAGAUGGAAUUAAUGGACAAAACCAAGCGAUGGAGGGCACCAUAAAAGACCUGAUGAAUAAAUUGUACUCAUUAGAACAAAAGAACACAAUCCUAGAGGAAUCUAUGGUCAGAAAAGAGCAAGAAAUAGAUCAUUUCCUUAAAAGUAUCAGCUAUCUAGAAUCAGAAAAUAAAGAAAAAGAAAUUCUGCUUCAGGAGAGCAUUACGAAGAUGGAAAAAUAUAAGCAGACAUCAGAAGAACUUAAAACCAGUCAUGAAAAAUUGAAAACAGAGCUUAUUGAGUUGAGGGAUAAAACCAACAAUGAACCAGGAAGUAGCUCUCUGUCAACUAAAGAUGAAAAAUAUCAACCAAAUUGCCAAAUAAGCGAACAUGAAGAGCAAAAAGAAGAUAUAGAAGAAGAAUUAAACCAAGAAAGUAUUGAGUCAAAAGAAAGUUCAGAAAAGAUUGAAAGUGAAUAUGAAGAAGAAUAUUUCAAAAUUUACAAGACAAAGGUCUUUGUCAAGUUACAACACCCCACUAAUACCUGUGCUCAAAUGAUCGCAAUUCCAUUGUCAAAAUCAUGGAAAUGGAAGAGAGAAGUCCCUAAAGAUAUCAUGAACUUGGCUGGUGAUGAUGCCAAACAAAUUGUCAGAGACAUUAGAGAAGAAAAACCAUCUCCUAAUAUUGGAUUAACCAAGCUUUGAGAUGAAGGAAAUUUAGAGAAAAGAAUGAUUUUGGUUGUUUGCCCUACACCAAAUGAUAUUGAAGAAAAUAAGGAAAAGCAAAUUAUAAGAAUUCCUCUUAGUAGAGUGCUAGAGCGAUGUGAGGUGGAUCCAGAAUAUAAUUCUAUCUGCAUUCCUAUUUUACUCUAUACAAAUGAUAUUGAUAAGAAUAUUUUAAAAUUGCUUGUGAAAGAAUAUGCCAGAGUGAUAUAUGAAUACGCCAGAAAGAACCCAAAUCUGAAGAAAAACAUUCAUUUCUGCACCCCUUACCCAUCCCAUUACAAACGACUCAAAAACAUCACCAAAGAAGUGAGAAAACUCGAACUCAAGUCAGAAGAGAAUGGAUCAAGUAAUAGCGGUUAAGAAAUAUUCAAUCA